AUGCGGUCGGCGUUUAAGAAAGAGCACUCGUUCGAGCAGCGCAAGAUAGAGGCGGAUCGGAUCCGGCAAAAGUACCCCGACCGUAUCCCGGUGAUCUGCGAGAAGGCGGACAAGACAGACAUCCCAACGAUUGACAAGAAAAAAUACCUGGUGCCUUCGGACUUGACCGUAGGCCAGUUUGUUUAUGUGAUCCGCAAGCGCAUCAAGCUCGUGCCGGAAAAGGCCAUCUUUAUCUUCGUGGGCGACAUACUCCCGGCGACUGCCGCGCUGAUGAGUGCGAUCUACGAGGAAUACAAGGACGAGGACGGGUUCCUCUAUGUGAGCUAUUCCGGCGAAAACACAUUCCCGCCGCAGCCGAUUCCCAUCCGCCGCCCGCGCACGACGGACGAGGCGCUGAUGAGCACGCAUGGCCUCUGUGCUAGUAGGUCGCCGCUGUCGAACAGCGACGGCGAAUACCCCAGCUCGCCCUCGUCCCCGCUGUCGCCGACGAAUAGCGCCCGCCGCGUGUUGGAUUCGCGCCAUCGCGCCCCGUCCCCGUCGCGUAGCCCGCCGUUUGGCGUGUCGCGGCCGUUGCGGCGCGUCCCAUCGCAUGGAUCGCUGCUUGGCGGCGGCCGCGCGUCGCCGCCGAGCGGAAAUUGGCUCGCCCACAGCAGCAGCCUCUGGCCCGACGGCCAGUUUAGCGCGUCGACCAACGCGCGCAUCUCGUCGCCACUCACCGAGAAUGCGCUCGACGGGCCCGCCGAGUACAUUCCCCGCUCGGGCGCACCGACAAUGGGGCCCGACGUGGUCAACUCGGUGUGGAUCGAGUCGCCGCCGCACCGGCACCGCACCUCGCCGUCGGGCGAGGGCGAGGCACACCUGAGCCCCUCACCGGUGCUCUCGGGGAGCAGCAGCAACGAGUCACCCUCGGACAAGAUCAGCCUCGGCUUUCCCCGCCUCUCAUCGCUCUCGCUCAGCGGCUCGCCCCCCGUCUCGCUCGAGCACGGGCGCGCGUCGCCUUCGAACGCCAACGAGCUCUCCUCGUCGCCCCGCAGCCCGUCGUUGCACGCCGGCAACUCGCCGGAAAGCCCGCCCAAGGUGCGCAGCAACAUUGCGCUGCCGCCGCGCUCGGGCUACUCGCUCAGCGACGACUCGGACUCGGUGCGCUCCGAGACCGACGGCUCGAACGGCUCCGGCGUCAGCAGCUCCGGCUCGGGCUCGGAAAACGAGCAUGAGAAUGGAGGGAAUGACGACGACGACGACGACGACGACGAAAGCGACGCGCGCCUACGCCGCUGGCAGAUGGCGCGCGCCGCAAGCCAAGACCGCACGGAACGUGGCGGAGACGACACGCAAUUUGAGAACUCCUCGUUCGAAGACGAUGAUACCAGUAACGACGCCGAUGCCGAGGACGAGGCGUCGCGCGAGGUGCGCAAGCCCGUGCCGAUUGUCCCUCCGGCCGUGGACGAGACAGAAGACACGCCGAUGCACGACUACGCGCCAGACGGCGCCGUGGACCCGCUGGUGGCGGUCGACAGCCCGACGAUCCCCGAUACCGAGUCUCUGGAAGACGGACUGAGCAGCCUCGAGCGCAUCUUUUUGUUCGCCAAGAGCGACAUGGCCUACCACCGCGUGCUUGUCUCGCGCUGCCUCGCCGAGUGGAUCCGCGAGGUGGACCUGACCGACGCGGUGGAGUAUGUGAUCCCCCUCCUGAACGAGCUCGCGACCGACGAGAUCGAGGUGAGCGCCGUCUUUGCGCCGGAACUGGGCCGCCUGAUGUGGUUCUUUUUCCGCAACUGCCCGCUGGCCGAGCUGCAGGAGGAGGAAAGCAGCAACGAGGGCAGCACCGACGAAGAAAUCAUUCCCCGGCCGCAUCUCCCGGUGGGCAUCUUUUCCACGCUGCUCUGCGCCUUGCUCCUGAACCCCAACUCGGCCGUGUCGGGCGCGACGCAGGCAUCGAUCGUCGAGUACUUCCUGCGCACCAAGCACUACGACGAAGUCGUGGAUAACGGCGCGGCGCCGGACUCGGGCACGACCGAAAGCGCCGAAGAGGUGUCGAUGGCCGACCUCGUCGUGCAGGGCACCGCGCGCGAGGGGAAAAUGGUGCCGCUGGCUCCGUACCACUUUGGCCGCGCGGCGCGCAACGCGGUGCUCAACGAGCUCUUUGAAAAUGUGGCGAUCGCCAUCUCGCGCUUCGACGGAAGCGAUUCCCGCUCGCAGCAGAGCGAGGACGUACUGCCGACGAGCGCGAGCGGCGCACCGGCAGGCCAGGCGGACGCCACCGGCAUCGCUCCUGCCGAUUCGCUCCUGAGCCAGUCGCUGGACCAUGGGCAGUACGACGAGGAGUCGGCGCUCGGACGCAUGAUGUCGGUGAACCUCCUCGCGGCCAUCACCGUCGAGGGCGGCUUCACCACCGAGCAGCUCGCGCUGCGCGUCGUGCCCGAGAUCACGAGCUGGCCGCUGGACCCUGCCUUUUUCGUGCGAAAAGAGGUGGCGGCGGCGAUUGGCAUUAUCGGCAAGGCGCUCGUCGCGCAGCAGAGCAAGGAGAGCUCGGGCUUUGACUACGCCGAGACGGACGCGCCGCAGCGCCUGCUCACCGCGGUGAACCGCGUGCUGCUGGACCACGUGUGGCAGGUGCGCCAGGCCGCGUGCUACUCGCUCCCCGGCGUCUUUUCGACGCAACCCCACGGCCCCAAGCGGCGCAAAGACCUCGUGAUUAUCAUGCGUGCGCUGCACCAGGACGUCUCACCGAAUGUGCAGCUCGCCGCGUUCGAAAUGAUUGGCGAAGUGAUCUACCUCUUCCACAACGACCCGAAUGGCGUGCCGAACGAGCUGGUGAACCUCUUUCUGGGCAGCCCGAUGCCCACCAAAGGCGAGACCGAGCGCGCGUACGACCCGUCGGACCUGCUGUGCAACCCCGACAAGUCGCUCAUCGUCGCGUUCAACUACCCUGCUGUGGUGCUCACGAUGGGCGCCGAGCACUGGGGCGAGCUGCGCGAGCUUUAUCUGCAGCUUACGCACCAUGUCUACGAAAAUGUGCGCAACUCCCUCGCCGCAUCCCUGCACGAGAUCGCCAAGCUGAUUGGCAGCGACGCAGCGAAUGCCGACUUGGUCCCGGUGGCCGAGCGCUUCCUGCGCGACCCGUGCACGGAUGUGACCGCGACGCUGCUCGAGCACAUGGACGAGUUCUGGCUCGUGCUGCCGGUGGACACGGCCAAGAGCCAGCUCCGCCAGAUGCCGAUGCUCUGGCUCUCCAACUUUUCGCACGACUGGCGCCUGCGUGAGAGCAUUGCGCAGCACAUCAUGACGCUCGCACCGUCGCUGCUCCUCGCGGACGAGGAUGGGUGCUUGGUCACGCUCCUGCUCCUCGCGCUGAACGACCCUGUGAAUGCACUGCGCACUGUCGGCGUGCAGGCCGUGCCGGUGACCUAUGCCACCUUCCACGCGCAGGACGAGGCGAUCGCCGACGGAUUUUUGAGCAUGAUCUGCGACCUGGUCGAGGCAGCCGCCUACCGCCAGCGCGUCACCUUUUUGCAUGUCAUCGGCGCUUUGGUCGAGCAUGGCAUUCCCCGUGCGCGCUUCGAGGCGCUGAUUCUGCCGCGCCUCGUGCGCCUCGCAUCCGACGACGUGAUCGACGUUCGCAUCGCACUGGCGCGCACGACGCGCCAGGUGUGGCUCUCGUCCGAUUUAUACCCCGAAGGCACGCAGCGCCCAUCGGACCUCGUGCGCCUCGUUGCAUCCUUGGGCCGCAAUGCGUGCCUGGAUGUUGCAGAGCCCGCCUCCCACCUCCUGCCCGACGCCGAGCGCGCCACCGUCGCGGCGACACUGCAGGCGUCUCCGCCGCUCCGCCCCAAGACCUUGGAGCUGGGGCCGGCGAGCUACUCCAACUCGAACAGCGUGCGCCCCCGCACAGCGCGUCUCCGGCAUCUGAGCCUUGAUCGGCCGCCGUCUGAUGAUGCAAAUGUGCCAGAAGACGUAUCGGUGGCGAGUCGCACCCUGCCAGGGGACGCCGACGAGGACGAAGAGGAGGACGUCUUUGCAUUUGUUCCAAGACCUGCCGAGGUCCGGUCGCCGCAGAAUGGGCGCGACUGGUCGUUUGACAUUCCGCGCGACGAGGAGGAUGCGUGGAUGGAGGAUAUGGAUAGUGUCAAUGUCGACAUGAACCGGCUCUCGGUGCCAAUGUCGAUCAAGGACCCCCUCAUGGACGAGAGCCGCAGUGAGUUUGCCUCGCGCGACGGGCUUUACCCCCGCUUGUUUAAUUCGCGCGACGGGCGGCCCCUCGCGCCGGGGCGCCAUGGCGACGUGCGGCCCGCUGAAAAACCUUUUUCCUGGGACGAGUACGAUACGGUGGCUGCUGAUGCCAUGCCGUCCGUUCAUAUCGGGCCCCGCGGCUCGCUGCACCGAAGCAAGUCGGUCAGCGGGUACUCGGACGUUCCUGCAACCGUCCAUUCGAUCGAGAUGGACGACCUUGGAGACGACACGGUGCGGAAUAGGCCGGAUUCGCGGAUGGUAUACGAAGGCGAGGACGCAAGUAUGCUCCCGACACAUACACACAACAAAAACGACGCGCCCGCGCCGCCGGAGGACUUUGUGGACACUCCGGGGCCGAGCGAAAUUGGCGAGGAGGAAGACUCUCCGUACCCCGAAGUGCGCGCGUCGGUGUCGAAUAUCGACGAUCCUAGCAUGCCAGUCAUUACGCUGCGCAUGUGGUUCCUUGCGCUGCUGCUCUCGUCGAUCGGAGGCGGUGUCAAUAUGUUUUUGUCGCUGCGCAAUCCGUCGCCGAUGCUGUCGCCGGUGAUCCUGCAGCUGCUUGCGUACUUCCUCGGCAAGUUUCUUGCGUUGGUGCUGCCAAUUGACGUGUACCGCCUGCCGCGGUGGCUGGGCGGAUUCGAGUUUACGCUGAACCCGGGCGCGUUCAACAUCAAGGAGCACACGCUCAUCUCGAUCAUGGUCAACAUCACCAUCGCGCAGGCGUACGCAAUCAACUUUAUCAUGGUCACAGAGCUUCCGCGGUUCUACGGGUCACUGUCUCCGGCCUCGUUCGAGUUCGUCUUUACGCUCUGUGCGCAGGUGAUCGGUUUUGGCCUCUCGGGUUUCCUGCACCCCUUUCUGGUGUGGCCUGCCAAGAUGCUGUGGCCCCAGACGCUGCUCACCUCGACCAUCCUCAAUACGCUGCAUGCAGAAGAGGAACCGAUGGACAAGAGCAUUUCGCGGUUGCGCUGGUUCAUCUACGUCGGCCUCGGCGCGUGCUUGUACAAUUUUAUCCCGAACUUUUUCAUGAACGCCCUCUCCCAGAUGUGCUGGACAUGCUGGAUCGCCAAGGACAAUAUCAAGUUGAAUAUUGUCACGGGAGUAAACGGCAUGGGGCUGACGAGUCUGACUUUUGACUGGACGCAGGCAGCCUACCUCAGCUCGCCGCUCGUCACGCCGUGGUGGGCCGAGGUGAAUAUCUUUGCCGGGUUCGUCGUCUUCAUGUGGAUACUCGCACCGGCGCUCUACUUUUCCAACACGAUCCAGCUCGCGCACUUUCCCUUCAAUGCGGGACAGAGCUUUGAUCGCUUCGGCAAUCCGUACAAUCUGCGCAGGGUGCUCGAGCCUGGAUCCUUUGCGUUCGUCCAGGAGAACUAUGACAACUACUCCAAAAUGGUCCUGCCCAACACCUUCCUCCUCUCGUACUUUGCCGGUUUUGUCGCACUCACCGCCGUGCUCGUGCAUGCCGUGCUGAACCACGGCGGAGAUAUCCUGCGCGGCCUCCGCGUGCUGCCCCGUCCGCCGGACGACAUCCACGCCAAGCUCAUGCGCCGCUACAAGGCGGUGCCAAUGUGGUGGUACCAAUGGAUUUUGGUCUUUUGCCUCAUUGCCAUCCUGGUCGUGAUGGAGUAUGCCGAUUUGAACAUUCGCUCCGGCAUGGUGCUGCUCGCGAUCAUCAUUCCCGCUGUGUAUGCCUUGCCGAGUGGCUACAUCUUUGCGCUCACUGGACAAAUGGUGGGAACCAACGUGGUGAGCGACAUUAUAGGCGGCUACAUGCUCACCGAGCACCCCAAGUCCUUUUUGCUCUUCAAGUCGCUCUCGGUCCAGACGCUGAUCGGAUGCCUGUCGUUUACGUCAGACCUCAAAAUUGGGCACUACAUGAAAGUGCCGCCCCGCGCGGUAUAUGCCGUGCAGCUCGUCGGUACACUGGUAGUGGUGUGCGUGCAGCUCGGCGUAAAGCGGCUGUUGGUCAAGGCGGUGCCCGAUCUGUGCACGCCUAACCAGCAGUACCGCCUGACGUGCCAGGGUCUCAAUGUCUACUUCACCUCCUCGCUCGUAUGGGGCGUGAUUGGGCCACGGCGCAUCUUUACCGAGUCCGAGUACCGCCCGGUGUUGUGGGGCCUCUUCAUCGGUGCAAUUUUGCCCAUCAUGGUGUGGCUCGCCAAGCGGAAGUACCCCCGGUCGUGGGUGCGGCUCGUGAGUAUUCCCGUGUUCUUUACCGGCGCGUCGGUGCUGCCCGCGGCGACUGCAAUCAACUUUACCUCGUUUAUCGCCGUCGCGUUCGUGUUCCAGUACUGGCUCAAGCGGCACAACUUCCGCUGGUGGUCCAAGUACAACUUUGUCACGGCCAAUGCGCUGGACGCCGGCACGAUUCUGUCGGAGCUCAUCAUCUUUUUCCUGAUCCAGCUCCCCUCUAACGAUCGCUGGGAUAUCCAGUGGUGGGGUAAUUCGGUGAUGCAAGACACGGCCGACAUGCUGCGGACACCGCUCCUACCGAUUCCGGAGAGCGGCCUGGAUCUCUAA